AUGGUCCGCCUCGCCACUCUUUUCCUCUCUUUGGCUUGCUCUGCCUUGGCCUCUCCCUUUGUGAAGCCAUCCGAUUCAUCCAUAUCUGAUGUCAGUGACGUUGGGUAUGCCAUUCAUGAGAGGGCCAUCUCGAAGGUAAUCACGAAACCCACCAUUGUCUGUGACCUGACUUGCAAGGCCUGCUUAGCCAAACCUGCCCCAAAGAAAGGCAAGGACGCAGGCAAAGGCAAGACCACUGGUAAGGGCAGAGGUAAGGGCAAGGGCAAGUCUAUUCCUCGCUCUCUGGUACUUGGAGAGAGAUCUUUGGAUGACAUCGAGGACCUCUGGGGUACCGAUGCAACCGCGGCAAACGAAUAUGUCAUGGAGCAGAUUGACAGUGACACUGGAAGUGUCAACGAGUUGGACUGGAACCUAAUUCAGCAUGACGCUGUCUCAGGCCAAGGAUCUUGGGCUGAAAAGCCGUUGCGAAAGUAUAUCCGGGGUCUCAUGGGCUGCACUGGCAUCGUCAUCGUCUCUGACAAGGGUUACUGGUUCGCUCAUUUUAUGGAAACUGGUUUCCUCAAUCGCGGCGACAACUGGGAGAAAAAGAUCAUCAAGCCUCUCCAGCAGGGUACCAACAAGUUCACCACCCCGAGGUCUCUGGCCGGAUCUGGUGGCAUUCUGAAUAAGGCAAACAACGUCAAGAUCUACGUCUCAACCCCCCGCACCAAGACAUCCACCGAGCAAAACCCAGUCCUCUUGUACAAGGCCAAAGUCGAUGAGCUUCUGUCUCAUAUCACUGGACGAGGCGAGCCUUUGAACGGUGUUCAGGUCAUUACCCGUGGUUAUCUCAAGCCCCAGAGUGAGGCAGAGGUUGAGGCGUUCCAUAACAGAGCCAAUGGAAAGGUCCUUAUCGAGUACGACAACAACCAGCUGGAUGUCAACGGAAAACAGCCCAACCCUAGAGAGCGCAUGUACCGUAUCUGGCUUGAGCACAAGUACUACGAGCACAGGUUCCGCUAA